AACGUUGGUAACACAAACCCAAAGACAAGCUAACCGCGAUCUGUCAUUCGCAUAACCUGCAGCUUAAAACCCGUCAAAAGUUACCAAAAAUUCGUUAAUUGCACCAUUUUAAGACCCAGAUUCCACAAAAGAACAAAAAUGCCGACUUCACUAUCCAGUACCGCGGAAUUUAACGACGCAAUCAAAAGCUCAGACCUAAGCGUAGUCCACUUCGCCGCCGACUGGGCCGAACAGUGCGGCCAAGUCGACGACUUCCUCCACGCCAUGUCCAAGCGCCCCGAAUAUUCCAAUGUGCACUUCUACACAUGCCAAGCCGAAAACCUCGACGCGGUGGCCGCCAAGUACACAAUCACAGCCGUACCCACGGUCCUGCUGUUCCGGUGGAACGCGUUGCUUGACCGGGUGAACGGAGUGGACCCCUCUAAAAUCGCCGAAACAGUGAAAAAAUUCAUUCCGAAAGUACCGCUUGAAGAGCGUCUCAAAGCGCUCAUAAAUAGGUCUCCUGUUAUGGUUUUUAUGAAGGGGGAUCGGCUCGCCCCGAAGUGUGGGUUUAGUGGUAAAUUGAUAGGUUAUUUGGAGGGUUUGGAUGCGACGUACGACACUUUUGAUAUAUUGACGGACGACGAGGUGCGUCAAGGGUUGAAGACUUACUCGGACUGGCCGACGUACCCCCAGCUUUACAUCAAGGGGGAGCUGAUCGGUGGUGUGGACAUUGUCAAGGAGUUGAUGGUGUGCGGGGAUUUGGCUGAUAUGUUGAAAGUUUAAGGUUUGUGUUAGUCUGAUUAAUAAAGUCAUCACGUUGA